GGGCAGCCUGCCCCCGGAAACACCUCCCCGGCGCGUCAUUGCCGGGAACGGGAGACUGGCGGCGGCCGCGAGUGCAGCUGCCCGCUCGUCGGCGGCUCCACAGGCCCGGGGCUGGAGCGCGCCGGGGGGACCCGAUCCACGCACAGCAGCGCCUGUCUCGCCGGCCCCCACCCCUCACAAAGGGCUUCUGUGGGCAAAAUUUUGACCUUUUCAACAACAUUCUCGCCAUCACUUUCAAGGUCUGACGUAGCCUUGCAGUCCGUUAAUAUUUCUUCAUCAGACAGAAAUUCUGAAGUUGGGCAAUCUUCAUCCAUCUCCAGCCACUCGGGUUCAAUGGAUUUAACAAGUGAACUAUGUUCCUUAAAAGAUGAUUCUAUGGAUCUGAAAGUUACUACCUGUUCUGGCACACAGACAGAUGAGGUUGACAAUCUUAAAGAAGAACUAGAAAAAUGGAAGGAAAGGCUUGAAAAAGCUGAAAAACAAAAAGAUGAGCUCCUUCUUUUGAAACUAAGUGCUGAUGAAAAGAGAGAUCAGGCACAAGAUGAGCUGAGAAAGCUAAUGGAUUUAGAAGAGGAGCAAUAUAAGGAAAGCAUUAUAAGAAAGGAAAAUCAGGAGAGAAAUCUUACUGUAGUAAAGCAUCAAAAUAUUGAGCUGCAGAGAGAGAUUCAGAAGCUCAGAGAUGACCUAGCAGCAAAGAGUUCAAAGCUUUCACAGGAUUUUCGGAUUAAAAGAGAGAUACCGAAAAAGAAAAUGAAGUUUACUGGGAUGAAAAAUGCUGAGAGUGAUGACACAUUUUUGAAUACUUGCUGCCUUUUUCACAUAGCUGCAAAAAUUCCAUUCAGAUUGCAGCAAAGACAAGCUCUUCUCACUUUUGAAGAGGAGGAUGUUGCCCAGAAACUGAUAAGAAGAGGUGAGCAUAUUGUGAGCCUGGAUAAUGAAAAGAUAGAGUUGAAAGCAAUGCCGGUUACACUAGGAACAGGAGUCAAAUUUGAGCUCCAUGUCACAAUUUCUGGAGAGAAGAUCAAUGUUUCUGAAGUACCAGAUCUACCAAUACCGGAUGAGUGGAUCAGAGAUAAAUUAGAACUGAAUUUCUACAAAUCCAAACCAGGUGGAGGAGAAGUAAAGGAUGUGAGAUAUGACAGAAGGUCUCGCACAGCCAUUAUUACAUUCCUCAAACCUGGAGUUGCUGACAACUGUAUGAGAUGUACAAAGCAUCCUUUCUGCAUAAAUGAAAAGCGCUUUAUGCUUUCUAUUUCCCCAAACAUAGAAAAGCACUUGGAAAAAUUUCAGAUAUUUUCUGGGAUUUCCAAGAAGACCAUACUGCUGUCAGAAAUUCAAGAGGUUGAGGAGGAUGAGGAGAGCAUGCAGGAUAUGAUAGAAAUUCAUUUUCAGAAGCCUAGCAAUGACGGCGGGGAAAUCGAGAACAUCAAAUAUGUAGCAACAGGAACCAAACUAGCCUAUUUUGAGGAAGAUACUGAGAAUGUGGCAUGAAGCUUUACAGCUGGGGCUUUCACUUUGCCCAGUGUGACAUAAUAUAAUGGAAAAAUGUUGGAGACUUUGUUUUUUUAAUAUCUGUGCUUUUUAAUCUUCAAAAUUUACACUUGAAAAGAAGAACUGCCUGCGUUUCCUUCCUUUCAUCUGCAUGAUGACAAGACUCUUAGGGUAUGUCUACACAGCCGUUAAACACCUGCGGCUGGCCUGGAUCAGCUGACUCAAACUCGGGGGCUUGGGCUGCAGGGCUGUAAAAUUGCGAUGUAGAUGUUCAGGCUCAGGCUGGAGCCCAGGCUCUGGGACCCCGCAAGGUGGGACGACCCCAGAGCCUGAACAUGUAGACUGCAAUUUUAAAGCCCCACAACCUGAGUCAGCUGACUCAGCCUAGCCUCACGUAUUUAACUGCUGUGUAGAUAUACCUUUAUGGUCUCGAGAGCACAGCUAUGUGAAACUCACUGGUUCUGGCUUGUAGAGGUUCCUUGUAAAGUUCAACAAUAAAUAUUACACAAAGCCAAGAUCUCAGUGCAAAAGUCAUCUGAAACCUUAGACUUUGCUUAAUGUAUGUGGGUCCACCAAACCCCUUAAUCCCUCACCAGCGUUUGAAACUUGAUCAAGGUUGCUUUCCGCAAAUCAGAUCUGAGUUUUGAAUGAAUAACAAAACCCAAAACUUGAUAGAUUUUUCCUAAUUGAGGUUUUUGUUAGGAAAGCUUUACAUCACUGCUCAAAGUAAUUUCAAUGUAUAUGCUUUUUUUAAAGUGUCUCUCCUUCAUACAGUGUAUAGCCCAAUAGGACUCCAAUCCUGAUCAGAUCCUUUGGUGCUGCCAUAAUACAAGCAACUGAUAAUUAUUCUGUAAUUUUAUAGAAUUCUAUAAUCAAAUAAGUUAUGGAAUGUCAAUAAUGAAGGAAGUGAUAUGUAGUUUUUCAAAUGUGCUUAUGAUCAAAAAGGGGAGUGUUCAAAAAUGGCACCAGUGUACUCAUCAGUUGACAUCUGAUGGGCUAAGUUGUGUCUUUAAGGAACAGCUCAGAGCUCGUAGCAAAUGGCAUGGAGGUAAUCUUACUCCUGGGGGAAUUCUGUGCCACUGCACAUGCUCAGAAUUCAUAUGUCCCACAGAAUUUUAUUUUUCCCCACAGAAAAUACUUUCUACCCCAAAAGUGCUGCAUGUUCUGCCUUUUGCUCACCAGAGGCCACUGUGGCACCAGAAAAGCCAACAGCAUGAAUGCAGCAGGCUGUUCUGGUGCCACAGCGGCCUCUGGUGGACAAAAGGCAGAACUGAAGCACUUUUGGGGCAGAAUGCAUUUUUUGUGGGGGAAAAAAAAUUCUGUGCAUGUGCAGUGGCACAGAAUUUCCCCAGGAGUAGAAGUUCAUCACAGCACCUGGCCCGUGGAGCCAGGUUAGGACAGAGUGGGGCACACGGGGCUGCUGGGGGAUCACAGAUGGGUUCAGAAUGGCUAGUGGGGAGGACAGAUGGGGGGGCUAGUGGGCUCUGGAGCUAGCGGGGUGACAGCGUUGAGCCAGGGGUUGAAUGGGAGUGGGAGUGCAUAGCCACAUGGGGAUGGGGGCUCCAGGGACCAAUCAGGAUGGAGGGAUGCAGGGACAGGGCAGAUGUGCCUGAUUGAAUGGGAGAGGCUUGUGAUCAGCCAAGGUCUGCAUGGCAGAGGCUCCCUUACAAUCCUGCCCCCUCCACCCCCCCAAAAAACCAAAAAACUUCUCCCACCCAAAACCCAACAACCCUUCAGCUUCACUCCAGGCUCCGUCCCGUUCCCUCAGCUCCUCUGUUACUCCUGAAACUCCAAAGCUUUUGCACUGCUUCUGAUGGGUGCAGGAAACACAGUUCUUUAUUGUAAUUUAAAUGAAUUACUCAAAGUUCUGUAUUAAUAUGCCUAGUAAGGAAUCUAUUUAUAAAAAAAAAAUAAUUACCAGAAUCUUUUUUCUUUUGGUCUGUAUUGUUACAGACAUUCUUACUGACAUAUUUUGAAAUAAAUUACCAAAAUAAUUGAAAUUGGCAUUAUAUUGUAUUAUUUUGACAAAUAAAAUAUGAAGAAUUUUGCAGAAUUUUAAAAUAUUGUGUGCAGAAUUUUUAAUUUUUUGGCACAGAAUUCCCCCAGGAGUAUAAUCUGCACUGCUAUUGGCAUGCUGAUACCUCUUCUGGGGCCUGAUCCAACACCUACCAACCUCUUUCGUGAGUUAAUAUGAGGUCUCUCUCUAGGAAGGAUGUAUUAUUUAUGAGAGGUCUUUUUCUUAACUAUUUGUAUCUACAGUUACACUAUUCCUCAGUUAUACCCAUUAUUUUGUCUAAUUUAAACACAUACAGAUACUAGCUAAGAAUUCAGGUGGCUCUUAAAACUAUGUAUAACAGAUUAUUAUUUUGUAACCAUACUGGAGCAACUAUCUGGUUAUGAUUGCCUUGUCUGAGGAUUUUAUUUUAUGUGAUCAUGGCCAUAGCCCUCUUUCUGAGGGCAGCAGUAAAUGGAUGGAGAUGGCCAACUGGAAAAGGGGCAUAUGGAAGGCAGCACAGAUUUCAUUCAUAGCCCUUGAAUCAGGGACAAAAGGCAGAAUUUAUUGUCUUCAUUCACAUCUUAAAUUAUAUUUAAAGUUCUUUGAACUGAAUUGGGCUUGCAAAGGGAGGGAGCGUCCUCUCUUCCCAAGGGGGGAUUUAUUGCCUCUCUGUUUUUUUCCUUAUCCACCCUUGUGGGGCUGGAAUGAUUUGACAGUCUGUCAUGUGGCAGCAGAAAACCUCUAAUGUCACUUAACACGGAGGGAGGGGUUCAUGUGAAUAUCAUUUAUUUUCAGUAUAUAAAAGACCUUACUGUACAAAAGGGAUUUUGUAUUAUACCGUGUAGGAAGACAUUGGAAAAUAUACAUCAGACAUUGAUUGUAGCUAUUAUAUACAAAAAGUCAGAUUUAGAUUACACAGCCUUAACAAAUGAACAACAAAAUACAUGGCUGUAUAUAGAAAACAAAAAAUCAAGUACUGUCAAAGUUGGUUUUGUUUUCCUUCUGAGUAGAACAAAGAAAGGAAAAGUCUGGGGUUACAGCUCCUCUAACUGUUUGAUGUGUGGAAAAAGCUUACACUAAAUAACCAACAUAAAAUGCAUAAUAAACAAAGGCAUGUGAAACUA